UUACGACUUGUUCAAAGUGUUGCAGCGUGCGGAUGGCGAAAUUUUGGUUUCUUGGUGCUGCUGUUCAACAUUUCUUUCUUGUGGCAAAUGCUGAGGAUACUCCGGCAGACUCUUGCACCAAGGAGCGGCCUACUUUCGCUGAUUUGUUCGAGGAUGAAAACGAAGGUUCUCCUCUGAAUUUGUUGCAAAGAAGACAACGGCAGCGGGUGCAGGAAUUCCGCCAAGCCGAGCUACAGGCAGAGAAGUCGCGAUCCUGGCCGCCACCACCCUUUGACUUCGAGGAUAAGGGCGUCCGCUACAGUGGUCUGUUGGAGAAUGAUGAAGAGACAAAGCCUCCGCCCCUCACACCGAUGGUGCUACCUCCCAGCUCCAAGCGGCGUCGGUCCUUGGACCUACAUUUCAACGCCGUCAUUGCGAGCUGUGGAUCAAAACUCAGUGAUCCGGCCAGAUGCAACAAGGCUGUGGUGAAAUCCGCUCAGUCUGUCUUUGUGCAGCUGCACGUCGAGGCACGUAUUGACGAGAAGGUGCCUCCUUUGACCAAGCAGGAGACCUCCGAAUUCCGUGAUCGGUUUGCGGAGCUCGUUGUGGGGGACUCGAAACGAGUGGUGACCAAAAGCAGUAGGUCUGAACAAUACUCUGGUUGGAAGAACUUGGUGCAGAACGGCUACAUGGCAAUGAGACCUGUGGUGCCUGAAUCCUUGGCAAAGACGAUCAACAAAUUGCACGACACUGGAGAGUCCACUUGGAAGGCAGCCUACGAUUCUUCCUUUGUGAAGGUCUCUGUGGCCAAAGGCAAAAGCAAGCUUGGAUUUGAGAUGAGUACCGAGGAGGAAGAUGAGAUGAAGAAUCAUACUUUGAGCAUGCUGCAAGAAGAUCUCUCACACUUCAGUAAGGAGGAGCUGAGUAGAAGUGCAUUUGACGAAGAAUUUGACGUGAGGGAGAACUGGCCAGAGUGCAAGCACAUCACAACUCAUGUUCGAUAUCAAACAUGCAACAACUGUUGGAGCCAUGCCACUGCCCUGAUCACCGAGAGCCGCCUUUGUAUUGAGAGCAGGGGACAGUUCAAUGGAGCCAAUGCAUGGCUGAGCCAAUCGUUCAUCGCUGCUUGCAGGCUUGAUGGCCGUGACUAUUGCAUGGGAGGUUCCGGGCUUCUUGGUUUCAAGACUGUUUCAAGGUGGGGCGUUCCCACUGGUGGUCCAGACUUUCGUGGAAACAUGAAGGCUGGAAUUGAGACGUGCUAUCCGCAGAUUCUGCCGCAUGAUAGAGACAUCCGUUGCCCUGGAGCUUGCUCACCAUAUGUGACCUACUCCCGACCUUUGUCGGAAGAUCUUUUCUUCGUUCAGUACCAGCCGCGUGCACUUCAUCCUGUCGGUUCUCAAGUUCAUUAUUUGGUGAAGCAGGCAUUGACGCAAGACGGACCGAUCUUGCUCGGAAUGAGGAUCUAUCAGGAUUUCUAUGCUUAUGAGUCAGGCAUCUAUGAGCCAACCAGAAAGAGCUGGAAUCUAUACAUGGGCGGACAUGCUGUAACAGGCAUGGGCUUUGGCCCUGGCUACGUCCUGGCCGUGAACAGUUGGAGCACCUCCUGGGGCAUGGACGGUGCCUUCAAGGUGUCGCCCCAAUCCGUUGACUUUGGAUUUUUUCUGCCUGGUCGACCACUGGGGAGCUUCUCUGGAAGUUCGUAUCCAAUGCCCUUGCCCAAAGAAAGGUGAGAGCAUCUGGAUCUGAUGGGCAAUCCCAGGCCCAGCCCAGAGAAAUCUUUUGGCUAGUGACGGAUGGUGAGUGUCCUGCUGCUUGUUUGCGCUCAAGCCGCAAACCAAAUUUAAACAAUAUACUUUCUGUGCAUUUUCUGUGUCAAGUCAUGCCAGGCUUGGCCAAUAGAUCUAGUGAGAAUCUAGUGCAAAGGGAUGUCGGAUAUUGACUUCAUAUUGCAGCUUCCUCGUGAAAGGGCGAGGAGCAGUCUAGCUUACCAGCAGCCCUGUCAGCUAAAACGCUG